AUUACAUCUUUAGAAUCAGAAGUUAGUCAACUUCAAACAGAAAAAGAACGAUUAACAAAAAAUUUAAAAGAUAGUGUUGAACAAAUUAUUGAAUUAAAAGAACAAGUGGAUGCUUACCUCGGCAUUGAUACAAUGGUCAGUCAGUUGACACAACGUAAUUUAGAACUGGAAGAAACGCUUGAGAAAAUUAAAGAAGAAAGAAAUGAUCUGGAAGCUCUUUGUGAAAUGAAUGAUGAAUUGCAAGAGAAUAGUCGUCAAACAAAACUUGAACUACUUGAAGAAAUUGAACGAGCCAACAGUCAAAUUAAUCAACUUGUACGUCAUUUAGAUGCGACACGUGAAACAAUUGCAGACUAUGAACAAACUCUUGGUAAAUUUAGAGAUUUAGUCUCUGAUUUACAAACACAAAAUACUGAUCUACGUAGGUCAUUAGCGGAUGAAAAACGCCUACAGGAAGAACAACAGCAACAAAAUGCCUAUCGUACAGUUGCAACAGAUCUUGUCGGUUCUACAGCUGCAUUUAUGGGGGGUAAAUUCGGAUUAGGCUCUCAAGUACAAACUCUUGCUAAAGUAAUUGAAGCUGAAUUAAGACGCCUUGAAGCAGAACAAACUGCAAAUCAUGUGACGCGGUUAUCUGCUUUCUUACCUGACUCAUUUCUCCGAAGUGGUGGUGAUAAUGAGGCAUUACUUACACUUUUGUUAAUCGACCGACUAGCUGGGAAAUGCGAUCUGCUGGCUAAUCAUCUUGUUGAACGUUAUCCAUUGCCUCCUUGUGUUCCGGGUCAAGCACCACUACAGAUGUCUCAAGGUGAAACCAGUACUACUACUGCUGAUAAUCCAACUGAAGUUGUUUGUGGAAUUUGUAUUCCUGGUACUGAUAAUCCACUGACUAAAACACAAUCAGAAUUCUAUAGUUUUAUAACUAGACUAAUUCAUCUACUCCGGUCAAUGGCUUCUUUGUUAGGCCAGUGUAAACA